AUGGAACAUACUCCGAUCCCUUCAGAUUGGUCUCCAUAUUUCAAACGCUUAUUUUUACUAUUUCAUGAAAUAAGCAAGCAUGCAACUUUUUUUGCAUCCCAUUCACGAAGUGUUAUCCCCUCUGUUCACCUUUUCCAGAAAUUGAACAAGACAAUCACAACCACUGAUUUAGCUACUAUUAAAUACUUGUUUCCAGAAGAUGAGAUUUUUUUUGAUUACGUGGACGAAAACCAAAUAAUGGUGUCUUUUGUGGAAGAGGUGAAAUUUGGAAACAAGGGAUAUGGCCAGACUCCCGUAGCCGACAAAUUUGAUGACAAUGGCGUGCAACAAUCAAAGCAAAUCCUAAUUUUCGAUUUCCAAGACGUGAAAAUACAUGGAAUAGGGAAAAUGGUGAAAGGGAAAAAGAGGAUGAAGAUGGAUACCAAACCCAGGGAAUUUGACGCGUCUCUAAGGCAAGGAUUUUUUCUUAGUAGUACCAAUUCUGCCCUAGAGCCGUUGGAUAAAGACAACUUAACCAAGAUCAUUCAAAGUAGGGACAGCAGAUUUAAACAGUUUAUUGUGGACUUCAUUAAAAACUUUGAUGAUAUGGACCGAGCAGAAGAAGCCUUGACAAAGAGUGCAUUGAAGUUAAUUCCAAAAGAACCACAGUUGAAUGAUAUGGUGGAAAUGUUGGGGGUCAAGGAAAAUGUUGCCAAUAAAAGCAAAGUGUUGUACACCGCUGAUGAAAUGAUUGACUCGUUAAAGGGAUCAAGAGCAUAUGCUGAUCAAAUAGUGUCGUGUCAUACCUUGAACGAGUCGCAGCCGCCUCAGUUUGAAACAAUAUCAACUAGCGCAUCCGAGGCUCUCCAUCCAGAACUACGAGAAGCUUUAUGGAAUUCUAAAAGCAUCGACGUAGACAAAGGUCUUUACACCCAUCAAGCGCAGGCAUUGGAUACACUUUUAGAUGAGUCCAAAAAAGCACAUCUCAUUGUGAGCACUCUGACUGCAUCGGGAAAAUCCCUUAUAUACCAAUUACCAGUGCUUAAUUCCAUUUUGUGGGAUAUGACCAAUGGCAUGAAAGGAAGGCAUACAACUGCAUUAUUUAUUUUUCCAACCAAAGCUUUAGCUCAAGAUCAAAUAAAGCAAUUUCAAUUCUUGUUGAAUCGAUUACCUAGCAACAACAAACGACCUAUAGUCAUAAACACUUAUGACGGUGACACACCUUUUACUGAGCGAGCCCAAAUCCUGAAAGAAUCGGAUAUACUUUUUACCAAUCCUGACACCAUCCAUGCCUCGAUACUCCCCAAUUGCAACUUUGGAUCUUGGCGAGAAUUCAUUAAAGGUCUCAAAUACGUUGUUGUUGAUGAACUACACAUAUACAAGGGAACUUUUGGUAUAAAUGUAGGUUAUGUCAUGGCACGACUUUCACGGAUAAAGGAUAGGUUCUGCCCAGACGAAAAGGGUUUUUGUUUUGUGUCUUGCUCAGCAACGAUUAACGACCCCAUUCAACACUUCAGAACAAUAUGCUCCAUCUCCGAAGGUCAGCAGAUUGUACAUAUCUCUAACGAUGGAAGUGCCAAGUGCGAGAAGAAAAUGCUUGUUUGGAACCCACCAGUUUUAAUGAACAACCGAGGAAUUCGGGGACCAACCGAUUCUAGUAGUAAAUUGAUUACAAGAGUCAGCCCAAUUUUUGAGCUGGCCAGGCUCCUUCUUACUUUGUUGACCGAGUUACAAGGUUUAAAGAUUAUUGUCUUUUGUCCUAUUCGAGUGGUAUCCGAAAUGAUGAUGAGAGAAGUAAGAACACUUUUACAAAAGCCACCUUUCUCCAAACUGGGAUUGGUCCAGAGCGACAUCAUGUCUUAUAGAGGAGGGUACAGUAAAUCGGAUCGACGCAUCAUUGAAAAAAAAAUGUUUGAUGGUCAAUUACGAGCCAUAAUUGCUACAAAUGCGUUGGAGUUGGGUAUCGACUUGUCGGAUUUAGAUGUGGUGAUUACAUGUGGGUUCCCCAUGCUGAAGCUGAAUUUACACCAGCAAUUUGGUAGAGCAGGUCGGCGAAAAGAUGCCAGGGGUAGUGUUGUGAUAUAUGUGCCAGGCAGGUCCCCUAUUGACCAGUAUUAUGUCGAACAUGCGGAUGAUUUAGUGCACAACACGUACGAAGAUUUGUGUGUAGAUAGCUUGCGCGAUAUGGAGCACGGGCUGUUAAUAUUGGAGAGGCAUUUACAAUGCGCAGCUUAUGAAGAAGCAAUUGAUUUAAAUUACGAUUACAAGUGGUUCUCCAAAGGCAGGAGCUUUAAUUCGUUUGAAAAGAUUUUGAAAGAACAGUUGGUCCAAGAUGUGGGAGAUAAAUUCAUUCCUAGUUCCAAGUAUAUGCCCAAACCGUCAAAAUUGGUGUCUAUUAGAGUUGUUGAAGAUGAUAAUGUUGCAGUAGUUGAUAUCACAAACAAUAGAAACAUUGUCAUUGAAGAAGUUGAGCUUCUGAGAACGGUUUUUACAAUCUACGAGGGAGGCAUUUUUUUGCAUCAAGGACAGCCUUACUUGGUAAAAGAGUUUAAUCAUGAACAAAAGUAUGCCAAGGUGGAAAGGGUCAAUGUGGAUUGGACAACCUCACAACGGGAUUAUACUGAUGUGGAUCCAGAAGAAGUUGACUUGGUAAAACCAUUGGUUCCAAUCACGUCAAAAAAACCAGUUGAUAUACCGGCGUUUUUUGGGCUCAUUAAAAUUACGAUGAAGGUGUUUGGAUUUUUCAAGGUUAAUAGAAAAGAAGAGAUUCUUGAAGUAGUGGAAGUGAACAAUCCUCCAGUGGAAGCUUACGCUAAGGGAUGCUGGCUCAAUGUGCCUAAAGAGGCUAUAGAGAUAAUCAAAGCGAAACAUCUUUCUGCGGCUGGAGGAAUACAUGCCGCAGCUCAUGGUAUUAUGAAUAUGCUCCCCAUAUUUGUCAACUAUUCUCAAGCCAAUGCCAAUUUGGGCGAUUUUGAGUUGGCAACGGAGUGCAAAGCGCCAACAAAAGAGUUCAAGGCAACCAAAUCAGAACGCAAAAGACCCGCCAGAUUGGUAUUUUACGAUACUAAAGGUGGCAAAAAGGGUUCCGGUUACUCGUAUAAAAUAUUUGAAUCUAUUGAUGAGUUGAUAAAUUCUACAUUCCAAAGAAUCCUCAAAUGCGACUGCCAAUGGGGGUGCCCCUUGUGCAUCGUUAGCAACGCUUGCCGAGAGCAAAUGCGAGUGAUGUCUCGCCCAGCAUCGUUGAUCGUACUAGCGUCGCUUUUGAGUUUGGACUUGGAAAAAUUGGCGGAAACAUUGCCCAACGGUCCUGAGCCGGGAAUUCCCCCCAUCUUGCACGAAACGAUCAUAGCUGACAGUUCAAGUGUUAGGUUCUCCCCUGAUGUGAGAAUUCUCAAUAUAGCUGCUGAAUAG